AUGAGUAACGAAGAUGAAUUGGAGAGCCAUUUAACAACAGAUCAGGUUGUUAGACUAUUCCAAGAUCAGAGUAAAUUGAAAGCCAUUCCAGGAGAAUCCAAUGUUGCUGUUUUAUCGAGAGUUGAAGAUAUGAAAGCACAUCCAGGUCAAUUUGGCCAAGGACAUGUUACAAAUAUCAGAUUCAUUUGGUAUAUACAAAAUACACCAACAAUAAACGCAUCAAUUGGAUAUAAUACGAUUGUUAGUUACAAAAUAUCAAAUACCUUUAAUCAAUCAAACGGAAAUACAGAGAAUUUAUUCAUUAGAGCAAAAGAAGGAACCAAAACAUAUGAAUUUAUAUUCAGUGUUUCAAGAAUUUCAAGUUCUGUCUUUAAAUUUUUCGAAAAAGCUUUAAAGAACUACCAAACAUCUACAUUAUAUCGUGAGCAAAGACUUAGAUCCGCAAUCAUCAAUAAUGGAUCAUUAAACCUCAUUCAAGAUGAACAAGUCGUUGUACAAAUGGAUGGUGUCUCAAACUUUUCAGGAGAGAUGGCAAAGAUAGGAACAGCAAUUGUCACGACAAUGCGAUUUGUUUGGCACUCAGAAAUUGUAAGUAACUUCAACGUUUCGAUUCCUCUGAUUUUACUUGGUCCGCUUAAACUUUCUGAUUCUAGAAGAUUCGGAAAAUGCUUCUACCUCAAAUUGUAUUCGAAUGGAGCCAGGUUUUUGUACGGAUUCACUCUAAAACCAGAAGAUAAAUUAAUUGAAUUUUUGAAAUCAUUUGAAAAGAUCAGGCAAUCAGCAGCUGAACAUCCAAAGCUUACCCCACCGUUAUCAAUCGAAGUUGUCGAUCAAAAACAAGAGGUGCCUGUUAAUCAGUACGUAGAAGAAGAAUUUCACUAUGAUGACAUAGACCAAUCGUUAUUUUACAUUCCCAUCGAGCAGAGUGGAGAAGCUCCUGCUCAGGAAAUUGUUUUUGACAAGAGAUUGGGAUUAUCUAUUGAAAAGAUAACAAAUGGCGACUCUAUUACAUCUAAAUGGACUGAUGCAAGCCAGACACCUAUCUCUACAGUAGAAGAAUUAUAA